GUCGGGGGAGUCGGGGAGCUCCCUGCGAGCCGGCGGAGUCCCCGCUGCCCGCUUUACUAUGCGUGUGUCUUGUGUUACAGCCAUGCUGCACAUCGGCGGCCAGAGCGAGGGGCGCGGGGAGGAAAAGGCUGUUUACACAGACUGCAAACCGCCCGGGGAAUAGUGCGGGAGAGGAAGUGAGCCGGGCCGCUGUCUGACUGCCCCGGCUUCCUGCUCGCUCCCUCACACGGGCAGGCGCUCACACACACACACACACCGGCCCAAGGGGAAAAAAAAAAAGAAAAAAGGGAAAACAAAAUCAGGAUCUCAUUACUAGAGCAACAGAGCGCCUGCAGAAGACUGUCAGCAUGGAGAACCAGGGAAUUUUACUCAGCUCCCUCUAGACUACCCGGAGAGAGCGGAGAAGUCCCUCAGCCGCUGGGUAUGGAGAGUGCAAUCACACUGUGGCAGUUCCUUUUGCAGUUGCUGCUAGACCAGAAACACGAGCACCUCAUUUGCUGGACGUCUAAUGAUGGCGAAUUCAAGCUACUCAAGGCAGAAGAAGUGGCUAAGCUGUGGGGACUCAGAAAAAACAAAACUAAUAUGAAUUAUGACAAGCUGAGCCGAGCGCUCAGAUACUAUUAUGACAAGAACAUCAUAAAGAAAGUAAUCGGACAAAAAUUUGUAUACAAGUUUGUCUCCUUUCCUGAGAUUUUAAAAAUGGAUCCACAUGCUGUGGAAAUCAGCAGAGAGAGCCUUUUGCUGCAGGACAGCGACUGUAAGAUGCCUUCGGAGAGCAGGGAUCAGCACAAGCACAGCUUGUCAGCACUGAAAAGCACAAGCCGUAAUGAAUAUAUCCACUCUGGCCUGUACUCCUCUUUCACUAUCAACUCUCUACAGAACCAGCCGGACCCUUACAAGACAAUCAAAACAGAAAAACUGGAGGAGAAGUCAGAAGGAAACACACCAGUUGAAGAAGUCCGGACUGUUAUCAGAUUUGUGACAAACAAAACAGACAAACAAGUUACAAGGCCCAUGGUGUCGUUGCCUUCUACUUCUGAAACAGCAGCUGCCUCUGCUUUCCUCAACUCUUCAGUAUCAGCUAAAAUAUCUUCCUUAAUGCUACCCAACAGUGCCAGCAUUUCAUCUCCAUCAUCAUCCUCCUCCAGGUCACCAUCUCUGUCUCCCACCUCACCCCUCCCUACAGAACACAGGAGCUUCUUCCUUGAGUCCAGUUGCCACGACUCAGAUUCCCUUGAGCCUCUGAACCUCUCCUCAGGCUCCAAGGCCAAAUCCCCAUCUCUUCCCCCAAAGGCUAAAAAACCCAAAGGCUUGGAAAUCUCUGCCCCACCUAUGAUUCUCUCCAGCACUGACAUCGGUUCCAUCGCCCUCAACAGCCCUGCGCUUCCUUCAGGAUCCCUGACUCCAGCUUUCUUCACUGCACAGACCCCCAGUGGAUUAUUGCUGACCCCCAGCCCACUGCUGUCUAGCAUUCACUUUUGGAGCAGCCUCAGUCCUGUUGCUCCUCUGAGUCCUGCCAGGCUGCAGGGACCAAACACUCUGUUCCAGUUUCCAACUCUGCUAAAUGGUCACAUACCAGUGCCACUCCCCAGUCUGGACAGAGCCUCUUCACCAGUACUGCUUCCUCCAAAUGCUCAGAAAUCCUGAUGAUGCCUCAUCACACCAAGGACGUAUUGGUGGAUUUAACACUUCAUUCCUAUGGGCUAGUUUUUCCUGUGUCACGAGAAGGACAUUGUGAAACCCUUUAUUACUUUGGUUUGCACUUUUCAUUACAUGGAUAAUCUACUUUUAUUAUGUUAGCAUUUUUCAACAGUGUUUAUAUAUAAAAGUAUAUAUAAAUCUGUUAUGCAUUAAAUGAAUUAUAAUUUUUUUAUAUCAUAGCUCUCAAGUGUUGAACACUUCUGUUGUUGAUGAAGUACUUUUCGUAAUGGAUUGCAACAAUGUACCUAAUAGGGAUGUGAAGCUUCUUUUUAAUCCCUUUUUCUGCAUAUUAUGCAUUGUGCUUGUGUAAACUAUAACCGGCUGUGCCUUCUUUUGCAUAAAGUCAUGUAAAUGAUUUAUAUAUUUUCUAGUAUUAAGAUAAAAAGUUGAAAGAAAAAAACUAGUAUUGAACAGCCCUAUGGUAGUAUUUCAGUAUUUUCUCCACAGCUAGGCCAUAUGAUGCAGUGUAUUAAUGUAACUUUGUAUUAAGUGCUUUCAAAUUGUAUAAAAAUAGCCUUAUAAUUUUUCUUUGCUGAAGUGAAAAACGUAAUCCAUGUUACAGCCAGAUGUAGUUCAGAGUAACAAAGCCACAUUUAUGCCCAAGUUCUUCUGUCAAAUUGCAAAUGGGAGGAACUGGGCUGUGUAUGUUCAUGACAUGUUUCCAGCAUUUGAGAGUACUUCUGUGGAAAAGGAGACAUUGCUCACAAUUUAUUUGGCCUGUACUUCUCAUGAACUGUCACCAUUACAGCUGGAAAGAGUGCAGGUAAUCUCUGUCCACCCAGGGAAUGAGGAUCAUUCCUGAUAACCUCCAGGUGCUUUAUUCAGCUGUGCCAAGUGCCUUGUACUACUUCCCUGGAAAGACUAUUGUAGCUACUCAAGCUCAGAAGGUCACAUUUCCCCUUCCCCCAAAGCUGGAAAAGUUACAGGUCUGUAAAUUGAUGCCUGGUGCUUGCAAAGAGGCAGAGACUGUACAUGUGGGAUGUUUAUGUAUAAACAGAUGAAUUCUGGAUGAAAAAACAGCACUGUGUUACUAUAUACUUGCAACUUGGACUUACUGGGUAUGUCCUCUACCUUGAGGGGAUGGCUUAGUCAUCUAAAUGUCAGGUUAGGAUUAGGCCAGACUCCCUGGCACCACAGACUCUAAUCCUGGCAGGGCUGAUGCAAAUCUUCAGUUUCCUGAGGUGGCUAAAUUGGCUUGAAUGCAGCUUUACUGUGUUGGUUUUUCAGAUGAGACCCUAAAAGCCAGCCCCAAAUCUGAUUCCUGUUUGUGACAGGUCAUUCAAACCUCUACUUCGCUUUCUGGCCGAGCAGCUGGCCACAGUCCAUUCUUUUUGAAAUGUAUGCAGUGAGUUGUCUGCUGAUUUUCUGCUUGGAUGCAUUUCAGUGAUGAUGUGUGUAGUUAUUUGUAAAGUGCUUUUGGAUCCUUCAACCUGAAAGGUGCUAAAUAAACAUUUUAUUAAUGCA